GUACUGCAUAUGACCUCGAAGGGCCGGAACGAUCAAGACAUCUGAAACUUCUCAGUACAUAAAAACAAUAAUAACAAAAAAUUAAAGUGAAUUUUACAAGUUGAAGUCAGUUAAAUGUUUGGUGCUAUCGCUACCCUUUGCGUUAUUUACAAAGGAGUCCGCCUUCUCUCCCUUAAAAUGGUUGUGUGGCAGACGACGUUUGUUUCGACAUCUGAUCACCAAAGAAAAUACUUAGCAUCUCUCUAGUGCUGGCCGGCUCUACGGAAGGGUUCUUUACCGAUUAAUCUGUUUUGUUUUAUAGAGAAAAUAUAUGCAAACCCAUUAGCUAACGGUGUUUUCAAUUUAGUUAGAGACACUUUCUAUAAAAUUCAUUAUCACGGUAGCUGUGUUAGAAAUAGCCAAUCCACAGAUACCCACGAAGGCUCAGAACGGUGCAUGAAAUACAUUCAAUUCCGAUUCAAUGUAUAUGAAUUUCAAUCUAUUGAUAAAGGAAAAUCUUUGGCUGGAUAAUGUGUUGAUUUUCUGACAAUGAUGAAAGUUGUAUAUGUGAAUGCGUAAGCAUUAUUUCAAGUGGGAAGACAUCCGAAAGCUUAAAUUUGCUACGAGCAAGAGGCCAUGGCCGGAGCUAACAGCUCAAUGGCGUCAGUAGCUGAGAAACGCCGUCUUCGAGAGGUAGAGUCGGCGCUUGAAGAAGUUCGUAAGAAAAUACGCGUACUCAGAUCUGAGCAAGCCAGCCUCGAGGAUGAAAAGAAAACUCUCGAGCAGAUUAUCAAGAGUCAGGUGGUACGUCAAGACGGCCAAGAGUUCCGUGGGAGCAAUUUUCCAUGGUCAGAAAAGAUUGGUAGCCUGCGUAAGGAUGCUUUCGGAAUUGAAGCGUUUCGAGGCAUGCAGGAAACUGCCAUCAAUUGUAUUCUUUCAGGCAAAGAUUGUAUACUAAUAAUGCCUACUGGAGGAGGGAAGAGUUUAACCUAUCAACUGCCUUCUAUGUAUCUGCAGGGUCUCACGAUCGUAAUCACACCUCUUGUCUCGCUGAUGGAAGAUCAGGUCAUGCAGGUUCAGACGCGUUGUCCUACUUUGCCAGUAGCAUGUCUUCAUUCGCAACUUCCACGCGAGGAAAGUUCCUCGAUCCUCAAGCGAAUGCUAUUUCCGUCAACGAGUGAAAAUACGCUGUUACUCUAUGUGACUCCGGAGCGACUUGCAAAGUCGAAGCUCUUCAUGAGUAAGCUGCAAAAAUGCUGGGAAUUAAAAAAGCUUAAACUUCUUGCUAUCGACGAGGUACAUUGCUGUUCGCAGUGGGGCCACGAUUUUCGCCCGGAUUAUAACUAUCUUGGCAUUUUAAAGAAGCAGUUUCCAGGCGUACCAGUACUUGGUUUAACAGCUACUGCCUCCCGUACGUUGGCUGCGGAUGUUAUUGAAAUGUUGUCGCUUGAUGAAGAUCUCGCCAUUUUACGAGAUGCUUUUGAUCGACCCAACUUGAAGUAUAGUGUUGAACGGGCGCCACAGGAUGUCCCAAACGCUAUCGGAACCCUUAUCAAAAGCCGGUAUCGCGAUCAAACGGGUAUCGUAUAUUGCUUCUCAAUAAAAGAGGCGGAAGACGUAGCUGUACAUCUCUCUUCAAAGCAUGGCAUUUCAGCUUACCCGUAUCAUGCUUCUCUCGAAUCCGAAAAACGUUCAAAGGUACACCGGCGAUGGUCAUCUGGAAAGAUUCAGGUAGUGGUUGCAACAGUUGCCUUUGGAAUGGGCAUCGACAAAGCAAAUGUUCGGUUCGUGAUUCACCACACGAUACCAAAGUCUAUGGAAAAUUAUUAUCAGGAGUCUGGUAGGGCCGGACGUGAUGGUCUACCUGCGGACUGUAUUGUUUUUUUUCGUUUUCAAGAUAUUUUCCGUCAGUCGUCAAUGGUCUACGCUGAAAAGAAUGGCGCCAAGAAUCUCUACAGCGUCGUGGCAUACUGUUUAGACCAAAGCCGUUGUCGGCGAUCUCUUUUGGCCAAGUACUUCAGCGAGGACAAGGAUUCGCCUACAUGCUCCACAUCAAUGGUUAUCAAUCGGCAAGGUUUUUCUAAGUCUCAAGAAAUAAAAUGCGAUAAUUGUGCGCAUGGACACCAACCGCGCACCUCCGACGUGUCCAAUGUUAUCAAAAUCAUGAGUCAAGUACUUGAUGAAGCUGAGAUCGGUGAGAUCCGGUUAACCGGCAAUAAGUUGGUCGAGGCUCUCCGAAAAAAAGGUAAGGACCGUACCUCACUACCCAAAGAACGUCUAGAGGAGCUAGUGUCGUGGAGUCUCUGUCAGGGUUAUCUCGAAGAGAAGUUCCACUUCACGCCCUACUCGACUAUACCCUUUUUGUCAGCUGGAAUGAAAAUGUCGGACGUGGUCAGUGGAAGAGAUCGUGCCCUUAUGGAGUGUGUUCCUCUCGGAGAUGGAAACGGGAGUAAUGCAAGUACCAGUAAAAGCGUUUUUGCUGGAGAGAAAAGAAAACGAUCUCCAGGCAUUGUAACCGUUGCCGAUGACGACUGAGUAACAUCUUUUUUCAUAUAUUUUCAAUGAAAAUACAUAUUGUAUUCUUCAAAACCUUUGAACACGGUAUGUACUGUCUGAAAAUACAUAGGAAAAGUUAGUAAGCUUUAGGCCAUUCUCAAAAUGUGUACUUCGUUCGUGGCGAAGAUGUUCGUCUUUAGCUACAAACAAGUAUGAGUGCAUAUAGUGCGUAAUUAAAACGGAAACGUAUGCAAAUGGUAUAUACAUAUAUCGAAGCAGGAUUAAUUUGUUUCUGAAAGAUUGUUAAAUGGCUUGCCAACUAAGUCGGUACUUAACAUAUGAGCUUAAAGAAGAGAAGAACUUUGGUUUGGUUAAGAUGCUUGUUGUCAAAGAUGUUCAAUAAAAUUUCGCUAGUACACACUAUUAUCAAUUUGACAACAUAUUCAACAUGUAAAUCGAAAUGUUUUUGGUAAGCCUGUAUGAUCCAUGAUCGAUGUUUCAAUCAAUAUUUUUGUCUGCUUACUCGCUGUUUUAAUUUUCUUUAUUGCUUUUAUUAAAAAAAUCCGAAUAAUAUCUAUAAUGUAAAAAAAGCUACUUAAAUAAUUUGCGCGCUCACGCAAAAUAUACUUGGGUUGCAGGAGAUAUAAAAUAUAUAAUUUCAGUCUCUAAACCUGCUUCAGAAUUCCCAAGCAGGAUUAGCCUUGUGGUACGUUAUAUUGUUUGUUUUUACAAAAAGCUCGGGCGUUUCAUUACAAUGUACAUGUUCAUUGUCUGCGGCGCGUUGGGAACCCAUUUAGACAAGAAUAUACCGGAAGGAGGCUUAAUAAUUAACGGUAGUCAUACACUAAAAAGUGUAGACAAACUUAAUUUGUUAUAUCACAUAAUCAUUAUAUUAAUGUAUGAUAUAUUCUAUAUUAAUAUAUGACUAUUAAUAAAGGGAUCUGUCAGAGUUUCUUAGUGCACGAUUUAAUGCACACACUUUUUUCAGCAAUUGUUGUGAGAAAUCGAAUUCAUUUCGGGAACUACUUUUCCAAAGCCAUAUUUUACUACGCUGCCAUGAAGUCGGCUAUUACACUUAGGACUACGAGUAAGCAUUUUGUUUUACACCAGAAGGAGUUGUGCAUGUUGCAUAAGAUCUCUACGUGAACUGCACAUACUAUUGUAUACGAAUGAUUUACAGUAGAAGUUAUUAAGUAAAAGGGAAAGCCAUUAUGAUUUUAGACAUAACACGGCGAUAUCGCAGCACGUUAACCAUAAAUCAAAUUUGUAUAUUCGUUGAUCUUACCCUAAAAUAUAGAACAGACGGUCUUUCGAUUGCAGCUGGUAGUUAUUUGCGGGAAUAUUUCGGAUUAAAUUAAGCCCUAAAAGAGUACUGCAUCUCACUCUAAAAUCUCUAUCCGACACAUAUGAAGACGAGCCAAAGUAAUAAAGAUAUCCUCACUAUGCAUUGCAUCCUGCAAAGCCGAGGGCGCGGCGAAGAUUCAAAUAAUAAUAUCUGGUGGCAUUAUGAAAGAUAUACAACACAGGUCAGUGUCACAAAUCUUGAUUUCGUGGUCGGCAUGUCCGUCUUACUGCGAGAUGAGCUCUUCGUCAUAAAAAGUCAUGCUAUCGAUGUAGUUGUCUCUUCAGGUGAAACCUUGCGCAUUUUGUUCCCAUCGGGUAUGCAAAAUGUGCGAGGGAUAACCACGUCCGGAGACAAUAACUUUGUGUAAACAUAAUCUGGCAGGAUAUUUUUAAUAGGCAAUACUAAGAGAACUCCCAGCGCUGAGCUUGUAUUCGACAGCGAGAAUAGUACGAAUUUGCAAAUUGUCAAAUUAAACGAACAUGUAAUAAAACUAGUUUGUGUUGAUAGAAAAAGAGCUGGCCAUAAAAUAAGUCGUUUACGAUCGUCUCGGAAAAUUGGUGUCCGACGAAACAGUCUUUACAUCACCUAGACUAGCUAGACUCUUUCCAGUGGGGGUACAUAGCGAGCGCAAUAUAAUGUUUUUAUGUGUACAAAUAAACCUAAUAAUCUUAAUUUGAGUAGCGUUAAUGUAGAAAUGCAGUGUGAAAAGGCCUUACGUUCGCAUAAUUGCGCGUAGCCUGUCGAAGCAAUCGAGAGGGCAGAUCGAUGGUAUGUGUCAAUAAUGACAGUAAAAUUUCAGUAGACAUCUUUUGUGAUCAACUCUAGCGACACCCACAAUAUGAAAACGAUGUCCUUUGGGCAGCAAAUUAUCGAGUUGUUUUGACUCCAUAUGUCGAUCAGAAAGAGCUAUCAUGACGAACUUGAUAGUUAAAGGGCACGAAAAUGUUAAAACCGUAAUGUUUCCAGAAAAAGGCACCUAAUUGAAAUUACACGUUGGUAUUGUACUAUAAGUGGGCCUUGGUAAAUUAAUCCGUUCUGAUUUCCGAGCUAUAUCAAUUCGUACUUUCGUUUUAUGAACAGUUCAAUGUGCCUUUUCGUCUAUUAAAACUUGGUGCCCUUGAUUUGAUAGGAAGGCUUUUUUUGGGCAGCUUUAACAAACGCGCGAAAAUGGCCACACAAACUUAUAAACGUUCUUAUAUAUAUUUAACGUUACGUAACAAUUACUUGUUGCCGCGAAUAAACUCCUCCAUCAUCGACAACUAAAACGGGUUUACCUUGUAUUGAAACGUUCUAAAAUUGCUAUCUUAUUUUUUCAGUUGCUCAAACUUCUUCAGAAAAACCUUUAUGGGAAACAUUGCAACUUUUCCGUCCCGGUUCCACAGUGAUUUUACUCAUAGUAGGUAAAGGUUAGUCAUCAAAUUUAUGAUUGGUGUUGUCCUUGCUAAAUCGAUAUUUCGUGCAAAGUAUCUUGAGUUUUGUUGAAUUCUGGAGUAGCGCAGCAGAUCUUAAACCAAAAACGGAGCAUGAAACUGAUUUAUUCGACUUUCAGACGGCACACAUCUUAGCACGACCUUACUUAUAGGCCAUCUAGAGCUACUUUUACAACUUUUAUGAAAUUGCUCCUGUAGUCUGUUGUGAUUGUAGGAUUGCUGC